UUUUCGGCGCCGGCGGGGCCUGUUGGGGGCGCGGCUGGAGAUGCCCUAAAUCUUCAUCCCGUCGAAGCCGCCACAAGGAGGCGGCGACAUAGGCGACCCUUCUCUUCGACGCCGGCAUUGAAGUUUGGUGGAGUGCGCUCCUUCUCUUCUUCCCAUUGAUGUCCCUGUCAACAACGCAACUUCGGCCGAGCGCUCCUAGGAGAUGGAUUCAUCUAGAGACCGGCUCCUAGCCCUAGCAGAGGAAUAUCCGGAGUAUGAUAUGGAGCUGCUGGGGCACGUCCUCGACAACGAGAAUCUUCGAGUCAAGUACAUCCCGGAGGCAAUAAAAGUGCUCUUCGAGACGCCGUCCGGCUUUGCGAUCUUCGCCAUCGACUCUGGCUACCUCUAUGACAACGACAGGGACUUCACUGGCAUUGACACGAUCUGGGUUCACUGUGUCAAGAAGGAAUCUGCGGACUUUUUUCUCUGGCCAAAGGGAUUCCUAAAGCUUGACAAGGCGACCAAGGCCAUAGCCAUUAAUUCUGAUGGUAUUCAUAAAAGCCUUGCUGAAUUUAUCGAGCAGAAGGUUGGGAUGGAGGAUAUACUAUUGGUCGGUGAAUCUGCAUACGUAGAAGUUAUUGAAGCACACGUGGGAGUUACAUGUAGAUGCGAUGCUAAUGCAAUUGAGCUGAUGUGGGGCCUGCAAAACCUAUUGCAUGAUUUAGUGCCUGAAGAGGAAUCGGAGUUCGGAAAGAAUGACCGCAAGUACUAUAGUCAAAAAUUACUUGCCUACCUGCGUCACAUUGACAAUGAGGUCAGGCCUGAAAUGAUCAAUGGAGAGAUUGCUUUAUUGGCUUCCAUCAUACACCGUUGUAAUGUUACCAACAAGAAUUACCGCGACAACAUGCAUAAGCUUGAUAAGGUUCUUUACAAGAGAUCUGGCCUCAGGACUGACCAAUGGGACACUGUGACGCAUGCUACAGCUCUAGCUAAAUUGAUUGGAGAAUCUGUACCCAUCCCUGAAAGUAUGUUCAGUUCUGUCGAAAAGGGAACUCUAACUAGUAAUCUAGUUGAUUACAGUGAUGAGAUUGACAAGGACACUAUAAAAGUAAUAUACGAGCAUGUGGUACAACUUAAUAAACUUAAGUUUUCAACGCUGCACAAGCUCAAGAUUCUUCUUUGCGAUGCUAAAGCAGCAGUCUUGCGGGAGCCUCGGGAGUCUGAAGAGAUGUUGGUUGAGGUGCCACAAGUGUUCAGUUCCAAGAGGAGUUGCCAGGAGGAGGCUGAAUGUGACCGGCAGAAUAAGAGUCUCAAGGUUAACGACGGUGACAGUGAUGUGGUCCAAAGUGAUGCAAUUAUGGAUGCAAAAACGAAUUAGUUUCACUUUGCUGACCUAUGAAUGAAUGUGCUCAAGUCAGUUCCUUAUUAUUUUGCGCUGACCUAUUAAUGAAUGUGCUCGAGUAAGUUCCUUAUUUUGCGCUAUCAACAAAUUUGGAACAGUCCAAACUGAACUGUCAUGUACUUUGUUAAUUAGUUUCUUACCAAUGCUUGCUUGUAACCAAAACCACUCUUAACUAUUGGGUUUUCUUCUGGUAUCGAUUUAAUUGGAAUUUUGGACUAAAA